UAAAACUAGUGUUUGCACACCAUGGAGUCUACUGGGAAACCUUAAAAGCCUAGGCAAUGCAGGAACAGGCAUGGCCAGGUGUUAACCGGACUAUAAUGAGCUUAACAAGAUAUUGGUGUCUGUCAGAUUAAUCAGAUUACUUAUUAACAAAACAGCAAGAACCACAUCAUUAACAUGGAUGUCUUACACACUGCAAAAUCCUAUAGUUCCUUUUAUCAAAGGUUUGUCAUCAAAGGAGGCCUGGCUGGAGCUGCUGUAUAUGUGGUAUAUGAUCAGGGGCUGCUGGGCAGUGGCACACAAGGUGCUGAAGCCCUCAAAAAAGCUCAAGCAGCACUGCCUCCAGCUAUCCAAGAGUGGACAAGGUACAUAGGCUGGGAGCUCCCACCCACUCCAAAAUUUGACUUUUCCCCCUCUGAUUCCUGGAAUAAAGGAGUGCAGACAGUCAUGUCUGCCUUGUCUGUAGCUCCCACCAGGGCCUGUGAAUACACUGUGGAAGGCUGGAAGUUUGUGAAGGAUCUUGUCAAAUGAACACGUUCUCCAGGGUUCAUGAUUCUCUCCAUCCUAUGUUGUCUUUGGGAUGAUGCAUAGUCCAUCCCUCUAGAGGGCAGCUCAGCCAUGCAAGGGCUACAAUAAAAGGCUUUGGAACUUCCAUUUGUAUUUGGGUUGGUUUUAGCGUACAGACUGCAAUAAUUGCUUUCUGUCUUACCAGUGAUCAGAGGCAUCAGCAGAGAUCAUGGAUCAAUUGUAAUGAAGUGAUGGCCAUAUGCUGAGGUAUAGCACCUGUUCUAAAGCUGCCAAGUUUGCUCACUAAACAGAUUCUUCUGAAGCUGAAUUAGUCUUGAAGGUGAAUGCCAUCUAAUUCAAAACAAGCCAACAAGACUUAAAAAAAAAUUUAAAAAUCCAAGCACUUGUCUUCAAGCUAGCUGAGGAGGGAGUACCUCUGUCAGACAAAGCACAUUAUUGAUGUGAAAGCUGCUUCCAGGAGGUCUGUGACUUGUCACAUGACUGGGAGUAGCCAGUACUAGUUGCAAUACUUGUUGUUGAUGACAGGGUGCAACAGAAGGGCAUUUAUAAGUCUGUGAUGCAAAACUCUAGAAAGCCAUAGGAAACUUUUAACACUCCCCGCCCCCAGUCUGUUCAGCCUAUGGGCAUCGCCAGUGUUUCUAGUACCUGGGCUCGAACAGCAAAAUCGCAGUACUGUUUAACUUUUCCAGCAUCUGAUCCAACUAUCCUUGGAUGCAUAAUGACCAGUAGCACUGUCAAAUUUACACCUGUAUCUGAAUUCUCAGCUCCACAGCAUAGGUUAUUUGGAGGCAAGGGUUUAGGUUUUAAAUUUUACUAGCUGUUGGCUAAAACUAAGUGGACUCAGUUUGUGUCUUGACUCGAAAAAGUACUCUGUCUGAUGGCUUCUUUAAAUGUCUGUAAAAUAGGGUUGGAAGUACCUUUAAGAUACUGGCACCUUUGUGUGUAAAGCUUUGUCAACUGAGCAAGAGAGAAAAUGGAAAUGGGAAGGAUGUCCAAUCACAGCAGAGUUCUCAUGGAAGGCAGAAUGAGGCUGAGGGAUUUCCUACUUCAUCUAAACCUACUGCCCUCAUGAGGAAUUAGGCUGAGGUACCUCAGGAACAGAGCCCAUUGACUGCAACUAUGUCUUUUUGUAUUAUAAGUUCUUUGCAAAGGAACAGUGCUAUUCCACAGCUGAGGUAUGAACAAAUAUAUGAACGUGAACUACUGGCCACUGAAUAACUUCGCAAACUAUGUGGAUGUUUUUUCAUUUCCUUAUUUUUUGAAU